GGGCAUCCGCCGCCGCUGUUUUAUAACCGUCUCCGCAGCCAAUGAGAAGUGUCCCCGCGGUCACCUGACCUGUUGGCAGCGCCGCACUUUAUGUAAUAGCAGGUAGUGAGUGUGGCAGUAUGUGGUAGCGGAGACGGCGCUCGUCAUGUCAUCCCCGGCGCCCGGCCAGCUCAUAGACUCUCUCAAUAUGUCGCGCCCGUUACAGCUGGAGCCUCUGCUGGAGUGUCUGUUGCGGCAGUACCGGGGCUCGGUCGUGGUGCGGGAGGAAGCGCAGUGUGUGCUGCGGUGCCCGGGCUGUGGCGGCUUCCUGCGGGACCCGGUCACUGUGCAGUGCGGGCACACGUACUGCUGGCCGUGUCUGCGGGGGGAGCCCAGGAAGCGCUGCCGGCUGUGCCAGGGGGACAUGGGGCACCCGCCCCGCCGGACCUGUGUGCAGCUCAGGCAGCUGGCCGACAAGUGUGUGCCCGGGAAGAGCUGGCAGCACCGGGAUAUCGCCGAGCUGCAGGAGGCCGGGGAGCACCGGGAGGCGCUGGCCAGGAUCCGCCCCGCCAUAGACACAGAUGCCAAUGACCUGAUACUACGUGUUUACAGAGCAGAGUCCCAUGCUGCACUAUUUGAAUAUGGGAAAGCUCACGAGGAUCUGGACUAUGCCCUUUCAAAGCAACCCAACUGGCCAGAGGUCUACUUCAGGAAAGCCAAAUUGCUGCAGGAGACGGAGAACCUUUACCAAUCUUUAAGAUUUUAUCUACAGUGCCUGGCUUUAGAUGAGGAGUUUACGUCUGCCAAGAGCGAGAUAGAAAAGAUUCUGCGUGACUUCCUUUUUCCUGUCCCGGAGACUGUGGAAGGUAUUCUGAAAGAUCUUGAAAUAAAACCUUUGCCAAAUCUGCCAUUAAAACCGUUUGUAUUGGGAUCGGAUAGGAAGGAAAUGACUUAUCAUUUGCACACAAGUCUAGAGCAGGAUGCUGGCACGCCAAAACAAGCAAAGAGCCUGAUCAAUAGUGGCCUGCAGCGCACACAGUCUGUGCAUGUUCUGCGCUGUGAGGAGAAGACUGAGGAAGGCCUGAAAAGAGUUGCUUCUGAACCCCUCCUAUCAAGCCAUAAAAACGGCAUGCUGCUGAAAAGAAAGUUCUCCCUCUCUGAUCAAGAUGUCACUGUAUGUGACGAUGGUCGGAAGAAACAUUUACGGCAUGGAGACACCUUUGUUGGUGGCUCCUCCAGUUUAAUAGCAGACCCAUCCGUCCUACACAAGCUGAUUGACGGAAGUGACUUUGAGUGCUCCCUUUGCAUAAGGUUAUUUUAUGAGCCAGUUACCACACCUUGUGGACACACCUUCUGCAAGAAAUGCCUGGAGCGCUGCUUGGAUCACACACCUCAAUGUCCCUUAUGUAAGCAGAGCUUAACAGAGUAUCUAGCACACAGAACCUACAAUGUGACAACAUUAUUGGAAGAUUUAAUUAAGCAAUAUCUCCCUGAAGAGCUGUCUGAGAGGAAAAGGCUUCAUGAAGAAGAAAACACUGAACUAUCAGACUUGACAAAAAACGUGCCUAUGUUUGUAUGCACAAUGGCCUAUCCAACUGUGCCUUGUCCUCUACAUGUGUUUGAACCACGCUAUCGACUUAUGAUUCGGAGAUGUAUGGAUACCGGUACAAAGCAAUUUGGAAUGUGCAUCAGUGAUCCAGAAAAGGGCUUUGCAGAUUAUGGUUGCAUGCUGCAGAUUCGAAACGUCCAUUUUUUACCUGAUGGGCGUUCUGUGGUUGAUACAAUUGGAGGGAAAAGGUUCCGUGUUUUACACAGAGGAAUGAGGGACGGUUAUUACACCGCUGACAUUGAGUACUUGACCGAUACUCAGGUUGAUGAAGAAGAACUGCAACAGCUCAGAGAACUUCAUAAUGCCGUCUACGCUCAGGCUUGUCGCUGGUUUCAGAACCUUAGAUACAGGUUUCGGAGUCAGAUCCUUCAUCAUUUUGGCUCCAUGCCAGAGAGAGAGGAUAAUAUUCAGGUUGCUCCAAGUGGGCCGGCCUGGUGCUGGUGGCUCCUGGCUGUGUUACCUGUGGAUCCCAGGUAUCAGCUGUCUGUUCUUUCUAUGAGAUCAUUAAAAGACCGUCUCCUGAAAAUCCAGCAUAUCCUGACAUAUUUUUCUAGAGACCAGGCCAAAUGACUAACCGCCUGGAACCUCUUUACAAGUCGUCCAGUCCUGACUCUAAUCACCGCCGGAGUCUUUGCUGUCUUUGCACAUAUGGCAUUGGUUUGAACAAAUUUCUGGACCAUUCUAGAUGCCUGCCAGCUGAAAACUUCUUCUACCUGUAAAAAGUGUAGAGAGAAUCUGCUUCUUUUCGUUUCAGGAAACAUAUUGCACUAUGUAUAAAGUUAUUGUUUGUAUUUUAAAUACUGUAAAUUAAUUUGAAUUCAAGACUUCCAAAUGUGUGAGUUUUGUGCAUUGCUGCUGCCCAUACGUUGUGGUGUGUGUGUGUUUUUUUUUUUUUUUUUUUUUUUUUUUUUU